AUCCGGCGGUGCAGUGAGGAGGAGGAGGUGGAGGGAGGAGAGGGACAGGAAGAAGAGGAAGCAUAUCGAUGGUAAGCAUGAAGAAUAUUCCCAGACUCUGAGCUGAUCGACGGGGAAAACAUCUUCCCUCGCUCGUUAAGAGGCCGACAGGAAGCGGAGGGAGACAACGGCGCGGACAGGAUGGAGGAGGAGAAGCAGUUCCUUUGUGGGGUGGUGGAAGGUUUCUAUGGUCGACCCUGGUCUAUGGAUCAGAGGAAAGUUCUCUUCCAGUGGAUGCAGCUGUGGGGGUUGAACACCUACCUGUACGGCCCCAAAGAUGAUCUGAAGCACAGACUGCUGUGGAGGGAAGUCUAUUCUCCCGAAGAGGAAGCUCAGUUGCGUACUCUUAUAGCGGAAGCUCAGUCCCGGGGUCUGAGGUUUGUUUACGCUCUCUCCCCUGGUCAGGAUAUCGUCUUCUCUUCUUCCUGUGACUUGGCGCUGCUCAAACGGAAGUUGAAACAGGUAUCAGACCUGGGGUGCCAGGCGUUUGCCAUCCUCUUUGACGACAUCGAUCACUCCAUGUGCCAGGCCGACAGCGAGGCCUUCACUUCAUUUGCCCACGCUCAGGUCACAGUAGCAAAUGAGAUUUAUCGCUUCUUGGGGGAGCCACCUGUCUUCCUUUUCUGCCCUACAGAGUAUUGCGGUUCUCUGUGCUCCCCAAGUGUGUCAAAAUCUCCCUACCUGCAAACAGUUGGCGAGGACCUACUACAUAACAUAACAGUGAUAUGGACAGGCAGCAAAGUUAUUUCCAGGAAACUGUCCUUAGACUCCCUUGCCGAGUUGGAGUCUGUCCUCCAGCGGCCCCCGCUGAUCUGGGACAACCUGCACGCCAACGACUAUGAUACCCGACGUCUCUUCCUGGGGCCUUUCAAGGGUCGCGACCCUCAGCUAAGAAACCACCUGAGGGGUCUGCUGCUCAAUCCUAACUGCGAAUUCGAAGCCAAUUACAUCCCACUGCAUACUCUGGGAAGCUGGCACAGAGCUGAAAAAGACUAUGUAAAAGAUCCAGCCUCGGUGUGUGAGAGCUGUGGAAAUAACACACUGGCUGGUGUAACCAGAGCAAAGCGAUCUGUUGUUUGUCUGCAGGGCUCCUACUGGGCCAUUGACACCAACCCAAAGGAGGACGCUUUGCCGACUCGGCCAAAGAAGAGGCCACGGUCUGGAGAGCGGGCUUCCACACCAUACAGCCUGGAUUCAGAGUCUUUGGGGAUGGACUGUAUGAUCUCUGGAAGUGCCUCUCCAACGCUGGCAAUCAACACUGUGACUAACAAGGUGGCGUUGUACAACACAGACCAGGAAGGUAGCGAUAGUCCGAGAAGCAGCCUUAACAACAGCCUGUCUGAUCAGAGUCUAGCCUCUGUCAAUCUCAACAGUGUGGGCAGCGUUCACAGCUACACACCGGUAAGAACAAUGUCAUAUUUGUCUGUUUGGAAAACAGAUUUCUAGAAGUGCAAAAAGAUUCAAAGCACCAGCUUGUAUCUCAAACUGUGUUAUUUCUUUUAAUGUGAGGUACAAGCCACGCAUGAUCACAAUCAUCUGUAGUAACACAUUGAUGUAACGGG